AGGUCGAUGGAAUGGGCCAGAAAGGGGUGUUUCAGAGUUCCAGAGCACCCGGUGUGAUUCCUCUGUACAACAUGGAGGACUCUUUCAGCCUCCUCCCCAGGGGUCUCCAAGUCUUUGCGGUCCUGCAAUGGGUCUUCUCCUUUUUGGGACUUGCCCAGGUGUGCCUGGUGGCCUUGCUCCUCACUGCCCUGGGCCGGGCCUGGAUCCUGGUGGUCCUCUACCUGACUUGGCUCUACAGAGACAGAGACACACCCAGGGCUGGAGGCCGCCGCUCAGCCUGGGUCCGCAACUGGGCCAUCUGGAGACAUUUCCGUGACUACUUUCCCAUCACGCUGGUUAAAACCGCAGAGUUGGAUCCCUCCCAGAACUACCUCUUUGGCUUCCACCCUCAUGGGGUCCUGGUCGUGGGGGCUUUUGCCAACUUCUGCACUGAGGCUACGGGCUUCUCCCGCCUCUUCCCGGGUCUGCGUCCGCACCUGCUCAUGCUGCCCUGUUGGUUCCAAGUCCCUUUCUUCCGGGACUACAUCAUGACCAGUGGCUUGGUCUCCUCUGACAAGGCCAGCGCUGCCUAUCUGCUGUCCUGUCCUGGGGGUGGCCAGGUGGCGGUCCUCGCAGUGGGAGGGCCCCUAGAAGCGCUGGAGGCAAAGCCCGGUGCACUGAGCCUGAGGAUCCGGAAUCAGAAGGGAUUCGUUAAACUGGCCCUGGAACACGGGGCCUCCCUGGUGCCUGUCUUCUCCUUUGGGGAGAACGAGCUCUUCCAGCAGUUCCCGAAUCCGCCUGGUUCGUGGGUGCGGAGGGUGCAGGAGGCGCUGCAGCCCUACCUGCGAGUGGCCCUGCCGCUGUUCCACGGCCGCGGCGGGCUCCUGCUGCCCUUCCGAGCGCCUAUCCGCACAGUCGGUGGGACUUGUGUCUCUCCAGCCCUUCAGUACCUGACUGCCCAACCCUGUGCUGCUUCCAGGCGAUUCUUCCCUCUGCAAGCAAGGCCAGGUCAUAGGGCAAAUAGCAGAACCCUGGGGCUCAGAAGCCCUGGCCCUAUCUCAAAAGCGAGAUUUCCACCUUGUUUACCUGUGAACCAGGCUACUACCUUCCUUGACACAGAUGUUACAGAUGUGAAGACUGAAUGAGGAAAUGAAUAUCUGAAGGCCUGAAGCACAACCACUUGUCAGGAAAAGUGAGCCCUUCUACCUCUUGCUUUGAGGACGUAGUUCUGUGUUUCAAAAGGCUCUGGGAAGCAGCAUCAAAAGGCAUGAGGAGGGACUCCCAGCCUCCAAGGUGGCAAUACAGGAGACUGACCAUCUCUAAAUUAGUCAGCUUCACAUCACUAUAAUAAAUACCUGAUGGAAGCAAUUUAUAAAGAGAAAAAACUGGCCAAGCAUGAUGGCACAUGCUUACAAGCACUCUGACACUCU